AUGGAGCACAUAUUUCACGAAAAGCAAGAAGGGUCACUGUGUGCUCAGCACUGUUUAAAUGCCUUGCUUCAAGAUCAGUAUUUCUCGGCUGUAGAUUUGGCACAGAUUGCUGAGAGACUCGACGUUCAAGAGAGAGAAUAUAUGGCGGAAGGAGGUGUUCAUACUCAGGAAUAUCAACAAUUUUUACAGCAACCAUCAAGUAAUUUUGAUGACAGUGGUUUUUUCUCUGUACAAGUAAUUUCCAAUGCUCUAAAAGUAUGGGGGUUGGAUAUGAUUCCAUAUAACAGUCCAAGUGAUCAGGCCACAGAGGCUAGGAAUAACCCUACAAACCAGAGGGCCUUUAUCUGUAAUUUCCGUCAACAUUGGUUUGCCAUACGAAAAUUGGGAAAUCAAUGGUUUAAUUUGAAUUCAUUACUUACUGGUCCUGAAUUAAUAUCUGACACCUAUCUUUCUUUAUUCUUAACACAAUUACAACAGGAAGGAUAUUCAAUAUUUGUCAUAAAAGGAAGAAUACCAGAUUGUGAGGCUGAUCAGUUAUUGAAGUUAAUACCUGCAGUACAGACAGUGAAACCAAGUCUACUGGUAGACCCAGACAGCCAGUCUGAAGAUAACAGUAAUAGUAGCAAUAUACAAGAUGCAUUAGAACAGAGUCGACAAGCUGCAGAUCAAGAGGACAUAACUCUUCAACGGGCUCUACAAAUGAGUAUGGAAGGUAAGAGUCCAAACUUAUAA